AUGGGCCCUGUCACUGCCACUGCCUUAGACACAGCCAUGUCUAGUGCCACGGUUACCGCAGUCCCUGUCUCUAGAUCCUUGACUUCCAGUGCGACGCUGGUUCCGCCCUCGCCUGAGCGCACCGUCACUGCGAGUGAGCGCUACAGUGUGACACCCACGGUCCCGUCUUUGCCGGCGCUAGUGGUGUGGAUUGACGUCUACUUCGAGGUUGAGAGCACUGCCCUCACCCCUGUGAAGCUCGUAGCCCUGCUGCGCCAGGUGGUGUGGAACAACAAAAGCAUAAAUAUGGUGGGCGGCAGCAUCUUUGCUGACACUUGGGAUCAGAUUCUUUUCGAGUCUGUGUCGCACGCCUGUCAGGCACUGGCGGCCGCUAACAAGGGCAAACUGCUUGGCGUGCUAAACGCGUCCUACUCGCCUCCUGUCACCCCAACUCAUAAGAACAGCGGCUACAUUGUUGUGAUAGUGGCUGUGGGGGUUGUGAUUGUGAUUAUUGCCCUGUUCGUGGCAGGGGCGCUGUGUCACCGCCGCCACCAGGACAAGAGAUGGCGUUUGUCCCGCUACGACGAGGACUUUGCGAUGAACUCCGCGACGGCGCCGUUGAACCUGAACGAGUUACUCUUACGGAACCGUGGCGCCAACUUCAGGAACAGCCAGGAUCAUAAGUUGGUGACUCUCUAG